GGAGAAAUUAAAAUGAGAGCAAUUGAAAUAUACUGGUAUGGGGGCUUAGCCGCUUCCACUCUAUCACAAUCAUCGUCGUGUAUUUCCAAGGUUCAUCAGAGGUGCCUGCGUUUCAACCGAACAAAAAUCAAAGCAGUUGCAAGUAGUGAGAGAUCGAAAGAAGCAGUAGCACAUGAGGAGGAAGAAGCUUGUGUGAAGUUUGCCUUUGUCAGCUCAGUAUUCCUACCAGAUGGAACACCAGAUGUGCAGCUAAGGAAAGCAUGUGGUGGCCAAAAACUUAGAGACAUAAUGCUCGACGCUAAUGUCGAGUUGUAUGGACCUUAUGCAAGACCUUUGCUCAAUUGUGGGGGAGGAGGAACUUGUGCCACAUGUUUGGUUGAGGUAGUUGAAGGAAAGGAGCUACUCAACCCUCGCACAGACAAGGAGAAUGAAAAUUUAAAACGGCAUCCAAAGAAUUGGAGGCUUGCUUGUCAGGCAAUAGUUGGUAAACCUGAUUCAAGAGGCAUGAUGACCAUUCAGCAACUUCCGGAAUGGAAAGCACACGAGUGGAAUUAUAGAGGAUUACCGCCUAAUGAAGAAGAAGAAGAAGAAGAAGCAGCAGCAGCAUCAAUUUCUUCAUCUUCAGCCUGAGUUUUUACAUUUACACAACACUUAAUUAUAUGUCAUGUCACAAUAACCUGCUCUUUUCUUUUUGAGUCCAAUUAUUUUUAUAUAUAUUUAUAUAUGAGCUUCGUAUA